AUGAAGUUUGGCGAACAUUUAUGGACGCAUUUAACACCAGAAUGGUAUUCGCAGUACAUUGAAUACGAUCAAAUGAAAGAAAUGUUAGCGGGCUUCGUGGCCAGUGCACAACAUCUCUCGGGUCCGGAUAAUCUUUUAGCACGACAGUUAUAUUUUCUUCAAGCUGAUGAAGAAUUUUUCAAGUAUUGUAGCAGAGAAGCGUCGAAAAUCAAUACAUUCUUUGCGGAAAAGCUAGCCGAAGCGUUGCGUCGGUUUGAACCUUUGAAGAAAGAAGUGAAAUAUACCGAAGAACACCAUCGGCAUCCACAUUCAGGUUCUUCGAAGAUCUUUCCUCUUCAAGAAAAUGGUUCUUCGAGCGCAAGCGCCAGUCGAACAAGUAUCAAAUCCGCGACUUCAACAAGAAAAAAGAAACAACAUGAACGAACGUUACACUUAAAAAUCAGCGAUCUUAAAUUAGCUCUCAGUGAAUUUUAUUUGAUGUUAAUUCUAUUAAAAAAGUAUCAAGGGUUGAAUUUUCAAGGAUUCCGAAAGAUUUUGAAAAAGCAUGAUAAACUACUUCAAACAAAUCGUGGAGAGCAAUGGAGACUGAGUCAUAUUGAUUGUUCGUUAUUUCAUCAAUCGAAAGGUGUUGAUCAGUUAAUUGAAGAAGUGGAAACGAUGUUCAUUGAAAAACUAGAACAUGGAAAUCGAGCAAAAGCAAUGCAGCGUCUACGUGUUCCACCGCUUGAAGAAAAACAGCCGCGAAUUGUUACUUUUCGUCUCGGAGUAUUUAUUGGUAUGCUUUGUUUUCUUUGUCCAGUAUUGCUAAUUCUUGCGUUCGCGUUGCGCAAAACUAUCACAGGAAAAGACACUUCGUGGCGAGCUGCUCUUCAUCUCUACCGUCCGCUAUUUUUAAUCAUUCUUCAUAUUUGUUUUGUUGGAUUGAAUAUUUACGGCUGGGGUCAUUUCGGCGUGAAUCACGUUUUGAUAUUCGAAUUUGAUCCUCGAAAUCAUAUAACCUACCAAAAACUGUUAGAAAUUGGAACAUUCCUGAUGUCCUGCUGGUUUUUUAGUUUCACUAUAUUCUUCAUUACAUCUUACUAUGAAUAUCAACCAUUUAUCCAACCAUUACUCUGUCUUGUAUUUUUGCUGAUUUUCUUUCUCAAUCCUACUCGAACUUGUUAUCAUAAAGCUCGAUUUUGGCUGUUGAGGAAAUUAUUUCAAGUUAUUUGUGCUCCAUUUUAUCAUGUGGAUUUCGCUAGUUUUUGGUUAGGCGAUCAAUUGAUAUCGUUAGAAUUGAUCUUUUUCGAUAUCGAGUAUUUCCUCUGUUUUUAUAUACACGAUGCCAAUUGGAAUAAGACAAUUGUUCAUCGUGGCGCAUUGUGUACUGGUUGGUCACAGUUUUUUAUUCAAGCAGUUUUGAUUAUUCUUCCGUCGUGGUUUCGUUUUGCUCAAUGUCUGCGACGUUAUCAUGAUACGAAACAAAAAUUUCCCCAUUUAGCGAAUGCUGGAAAGUAUGCCAGUGGAUUUCUUGUUUCCAUAACUAAUGUCAUUCGUCGUGCAACGAAUGCUUCAUACAAGCAUGAUAAAACAUCCAAUCCAUACUUAUAUCUUUGGGCAAUAUCCGCUUUAUUCGGUGCAACGUAUAAAUUAAUAUGGGAUUUGAAAAUGGAUUGGGGCUUUUUCGAUAAAAAUGCUGGUGAAAAUAAGUUUCUACGUGAACAAAUCGUCUAUCCAUCGAAAUACGUAUACUAUAUUGUUAUCAUCGAAAAUAUUAUUUUUCGUUACGUUUGGAUCAUCAAUAUAUUUGUUUAUUUCGAUACAGAAAUGGGUGAAUAUUCCGACAUGAUUGGUUUUGGUUUUGGCAUCAUUGAAUUGUUUAGAAGAUUUCUGUGGAACUACUUUCGAUUAGAGAAUGAACAUUUGAAUAAUUGUGGACAGUUUCGUGCUGUUCGAGAUAUAUCUGUUAACUUGACUUCAGUCGUGGCUACACCGUUUUCCGGUCUUCUAGAUAAAAUUGCUAAAGAAAAUCAAAUGGAAAAUUAUACUCAUGCUCGUAAACAUCAUACAGUUGUUAAUUUCAAUAUCGAAAAUAAUGUUACGAUCCCAAAUGAACCCUUAUCGUCGAUUGAGGAAGAGCACGUACAUACCUCUGAUAGUCAAACCUCAUUGGAAUCUAGGACUGAACAGAUCGUCGACGACAUUAAUGAGAUUAUGACAAUGGAAUCUUCAAAUAUUCUUUUACGUGAUGACGAUGCUAUUGACUGA